AUGGAAUCCACAGGGAAGGAGCAUUCAAUGCCCUAUCAAGUAAUGUCAAGGGCUGUGAAGACUCUUGUCGAGCAAUAUGAUCUGGAUAUUGAAGCUUUAACAUCAUCGCGUCUCGCUAAGACUCUGGGAGCAAAAUUGCGAGAAGUUGAAGUUGUGGCAUCACAUGUAGCUGGCCAUCCUCAAUCAGCUACAGAGGCUACACAGGAUAAAGGAGAUGCAGUGCAUUCUGGUAUCGUAUUUGAGUCAUUUGACAUUCCUGAUUCUCUUGAACUAGGCCAACAUCGACCAGCCACAGUAGCUACACUGGAUAUUCGAUAUAUAAUGCAACUUGAUGCAUUUUUUGAGUUGUUCGCCUAUGCUGAAUUUGGCCCACCUCUAUCAGCUUUACAGCAUAUAGGAGAUGCAAAUCCUGAUGGCUUGAAUCAAACAACUACUGAAUUUGGCCUACCUCUAUCAGCUAUACAGGAUAUAGGAGAUGCAAAUCCUGAUGGCUUGAAUCAAACAACUAAUAUUGCAACUAAUAUUGCUGAUGACAAAAGAGAUUCUCUUACUUUAGAAGAUGAUGUUGCUGGAUUUAUACCCAGAUUGGAAUUGGGGAUAGGGACACAAAAUUUGCAGCGAGAUUCAGCAAAUCAUCAAGUGGAUGAUGUAGAAAUUGAUGCAAUGGACAGCCAAAGGAAUGUAGUACAUGCUGAUUUGGAGAAACAAGUCAAGACAAAGAGGAUAAAAAGAGAUUAUGGAAUAACUCUACAGGUUCUAAAGCAACAAUGUGGGAAGACACUUACUGAGGCUGCUAACAGCUUGGGGGUUGCACGAAGUACAUUGAAGCGCAUAUGUAGAGACUACAAAAUUUACCGGUGGCCACGUGUUAAAUCAAGAAAGCAUAAUUGCUCCGUCUCUCAAGUCGAGUUAUUACAAGCUGUUGAUAGACAACCUUCAGAUUCUGGUGCAAAUCACCAACCAUGUGUUGAUUUAUCUCCCAAGAGAGGCCGCCCAAAAUCUGUUACAAAUUCAAAGGAGUUGGCUGUUACCAUGCUAAGUGAGAAUAUCAUAAGCGUAAAGGUAACUUAUGGAAAUAGAACUGUGAGGUUCCCACUCUCAUCUUCGUCAGGGAAAAAGGAUUUGGAAGAAGAGGUGGAAAAGAGAAUGAAAAUAGUUGGAAAUUAUUCGAUCAGGUAUGAAGAUGAAGAGAAAGAGUUGAUAUUGAUAACUUGUGAUGCAGACUUGCACUAUGCAAUCCACACAUUAACAUCAUUGGGUAGGACCAUCAUAAGGAUGUUGGUGGAGAUUGAACCUGGGACUACAAUCACAUAAUUGAUUCAUGUUGUUAUCUCACUGCUAACCAUUAACAAAAAGAACUUCCAUGCAUUUGCUUGGCUCAUAAACAAGAACCAAGCCUGCCCGUGUAGUGGCGUGUGGAAUAUAUAGCUAAGCAAAUGAAAGUGUGCUCUCUCUAACAUCUUAAGCCUUAGUCUCAUAAUUCAAAAAUUUAGCUCAAGAAAAGCUUUUAUUACCUAUUGGAAGAACUUCCAAUCAGUACUGUCAAUCUCUUUUGAACUUCUGCUUCCGAAUCAAUUUUCCCCGAUGAAAGAAUGAGCUCCUGGUCUCCUUCACUGGAAUUGCCUGGCUGUUUUCAAACCCCUUCUGCCAAUUUACUUUCAGAAAGAGGAUCAGUUGUAAAUUUUCUGACCAUGACCACAUGUAUGUAAAAGUAGUAGUCCCUAAACAGUUACUUUAGUGUACUCUGACUAUUUAACUGUGAGAACAUAUAUCAUACUAGUAUACAACAAGAAUAUCAACAAGGGUGUGUUAGAUAUCAA